AUGUCUGAUGAUGGAUUUGACGAUGACGAUCAUCUCCUAAUGGAGCUCGUAAGAGCCACCCAAAAGCCUGAAGCUCCUUUGGCAAAUACCACCGAACAGAGAGCUCAAAACCCACUGAAUAAUGGAACCCUCAAACCAAUUGCAAUUCUCAGAGCUCAGUUGCAAUCGCUCCAGAGUCAGAAGACUGACGAGCUAACGCGUCUUCAGAACCAGCUUGAAUCGGCUAGAUUGCUGGGAGAGGCACAAGCCAAUGCCUUAAAGCAAUCAGUACAAAGGUUAGAGGACGAGAAGAAGUUUCUUGGUAACGAGGUUCGUGCCCUUUCAGCUUCCAAGAGAAGAAAGAUAGAUGUCCCUGUUAACACCAAAGAUGAUUCGGUUACUCCAGCUCCUCCAAGUCACCACUUUGUGCAUAAUAUAGACAAGAAGCCGGACUUCCAUGCACCCAGUUCUUUCUCGAUCAACGUGAAAGACGACUGGUCUCAAUUUUGCAACCACAUAUGGAACUCCACCAUCUUGGGUAGCCUGAGGACUGAUGCCCAGUUCUUGGAUAAGAUUUGGCUCGAGGCGCCGAUUACUGUGGAAGAGCGAGUAGUGGUUCCGGUUGAAACUUCUCUCAUGUCAUGCAUCUGGAGCUUCAUACUACGACACCGAGACGCCAGACUCGACAAUUUGGUCUUCAUCUUCUGUGAGUAUCUCGUGCAUCUUAUCCAAGAACUUCUCCUGCGGCAAAAUCUGGCUCUCGCUGUGCCGUUUCUUCUUUCAUUGAUAAACUCGGCUAUUAACUUCAAAACGGGCGCCGUGAGUGAGAAGUUGGUUCUUCUCUUGACAACGAAAUUAGCCAGCAUCCUGGAUCAUUUUCUGCAUUUGCUUGAUUGGACAUUCGAGGCGGACGAUCCGCUUCUCACUAACCACGGAAAAACCUAUCAGCAACAGGUCCUCGAGAGAUUCACUAUCACUCUUCUCUUUGACGUGAUCGAGAAUGCUACUGUGAUAGCGACCCAGUACGGCGCUGACUUUGUGAAGUCGCUUUGGACAGAUCUGAUGGAUGUAGCACUUGUGCUUAAGCUUCUUCCCGAAAACACAGAAAGGUUCAAAUCUGCAGCGCAAACUAAUUUGUUGUAUAACUUUGUUGAGAUGCUUUCAUCCUCGUUGAUCGAAGAUGGAAUUGCAAUCCGGGAUGAGAAACUUGAAAAGCAACUCGUCUCUUCCCUCAUCAAAGUGUUUCUUAUUGAUGUGGAAAUAAAAGAGGACUCAAUGUUCUACGGCCUCAAUCGACCUUUGGGCUCGAAUCUUGAUUUCGCUAAGAUUCUACAGAUGGUACCAUCCGACCCAUAUGAAAACAAGCUCGACAAAUUCGAAAGGUUCGAAAUGCUCGAGGCACACGAGCAUCACCUCUUGAGUUUGAGGCUUCGAAUUGCGUCAUUUCUUGAAACACUAAUCAUGUCUCCCUCCGGUAAUACUAUGGAAAUUAUCACUUGCAAGGAAAGUAUGAAGUCAAUUGUUCGGAUCAUUGCGUUGGAGCAAAAUCAAAUCAUUCAUCAACCACGCUCUAAACAUGUGCACAUGAGGAUUUCGAUCGUUGCCAUAUUCCUCAAAAUUCUCUACUUCAUUGCAGGAGAAUUCGAGAAUAUCAACACUAUCAUAUACCCAGAGACCCUCUAUGAGUUGUUCGUCGUUCUUAUGCGUAUUGCGUUUGGGUCCGAUCACCUAUCACAGGAAGCUACGAGACUACUCACCAAGAUAAGAGCGGAGGGCCAUGUACAUGUGCCAGUUUUCAACAAGUGGUGUGAACUUCGAGCCAGCCAAGUGGCUCAUUUUAAUGUUUAUGAAGGUGGACCAGAUAAGUUCGAUGAGUUGGCGGCCAUUGAGACAGAUUUUGCCAAUGGACUCGAGGUUCCAUACGAGCAAGACACCGUGGAGAUAGCGAGGGAAAUCUUGAGUCUCUGUGUCAAUCAUGAUGAGGCAGAUAACCUAUACUUCAACAUGAACUACGAGGAGGUUUAA